AUGAUCAUGGACCACUAUGGCUUCUCCGUCGACGAGUUGACUCCGAGCGAUGUCAAUAAAAUCAUCGGUUUUGAACUGAGUUUUCGAUCUUUAGGUUGUAUCCCCACCUUCUGGGUUUUCAAUUACCUCUUGUAUUUGACUAUGAAUUCUGGUGUUCGUACUUUGGCAAAAAGGCAGGGCGUUCAUCAGCUAAUCUCUGAACAAGACGUCCCAAAGAAAAUUUGGCAAAGGCAAUGGCUCUGGGUUGACUGGGACCUCCAACUAGGUGGCAUUACCAUUGUUGGGGAGAACUGGGAGGAUUCCGAUCUCGGUCCGGAUGGUGCUGAAGCCAAGAUUUAUGUGGAGAUGGAUUUGUGCAGCGACUAUCAAGGUAGGCUCUAUCAUCGGGAGGUCGAUCUUGUAGAGGCUCUACCCCUUCCUGAAUCGGAAAGGUGUAUGCGAGACCUAGCUGGAUUUCUCUCUGUGGAAGGGGGAAAUGCUGGUUCUAGCGGGCAUACUUCUUGGAAACAUUGGGGAUGUUCUAGGCAACAAGUCUUCAAUGUCUGUAGAGAAGUUAAAGUGGUGAUCCCUAAUUCUAUGACGUUACCUCCUCUCACGUUUGCUACGGCCUACCCAAUUGAUCUUAAUUAUGAAUCCACAUUUGGGGGUAUAUUAGUUUCACCCAGGGCUUCCGUUCAGUUAAAGAAGCCUUCAGCGAACGACAAAAUAGGAAUUGCGCCUAACACCUCUUGUUCGAAAGCUUAUGCUCCAGGCUGGGCGAUUACUGGGCAUUAUUUACUAUCGGAUGAUACCAUUGACCGGAAUGGAGUGUUCUAUUCUCAAUCCUCGGCUUCAAUGAGAUUUCUUGCGGGAAAAUUUGGGGUUCAAGUUGUUGGUGACCUGUGUUAUGCCAUAGCCCGAGCUUCUAAUAUGAUGGUUGCAGCCGCCGACCGGGUUUACCGUGUUGGGGUGACCGAAUCGUGGCUAAGACCUUUGUGUAAUACUAUUGUAAGCUUGAAGGAGCAAUUUUCAUGGUUAUUCACACCUUGUUUGUGA